ACCCUCAUUUCCCUUCCUUUCUCUUUUCCAUUUCGCCGUCGUUGGUCUUUUUGUAGUAAGGAUUUUGAGAGGAGGAUUGUUAAGAAGAGGACGAUGACCAGAUAUUCAAAGCAACCAGAUAAUCCUACUAAAACUUGCAAAGCGCGUGCUUCCGAUAUUCGAGUGCACUUUAAAAACACACGAGAGACGGGACGUGCGUUAAAGGGCAUGAGUUUACAAAGAGCAAAGACUUAUUUGAAAAAUGUGAUCGAAAAGAAAGAGAUAGUUCCCUUUGUACGAUAUCGUUAUGGUGUUGGCAGAAAAGCUCAAGCUAAACAACACGGAUUUCCUAACGGAAGAUGGCCUAAGAAGAGUGCUUUGGUGUUUUUGGACUUGUUGAAAAAUGCAGAGUCUAAUGCGGAAGUGAAAGGAUUGAAUGUUGAUGCGCUUUAUAUCUCCCAUCUUCAAGUGAAUCAGGCUAUCAAAGGUAGAAGAAGAACUUAUCGUGCUCAUGGUAGAGUCAAUCCGUUCAUGUCUCAUCCUUGUCACAUUGAAAUAUUUUUGACCGAGAAAGAGGAAAAAGUACCUCGUAGUAAAACUUCCGUUGUAGCCAGUGGAAAGAAAGGUACUAGAGGAGUACGACGUCAAGCAUUGACUAGCAGUGGUAGUAUCUAAAUAUAUAAAAGAAUGGUACAAUUCAUUUCCUCGGUAUUCAUAUAUAUAUAUAUUUAUAUAGAAAUUGCUCUUUUUGUCAGCAAGAUUUCCCAUCCCC